GGUGAACACGGCGGCUCCAGACGCACGGGCGCUCAUCUGCAGGUGAGGAAGACGCCGAGAGGAAACGGGCUGCAGACGGUUAGAGGGGGAAACGACCUUGUUCACGACUAGAGUCAUGGCACCGAGACCACAAGAGGGGAACGACUCGUCCUCCACCAUGAGUGACAGGUCUAAGGGUAAAAAUAAGGAAAUGCCACCACCUUACGCCACCUUAGACCUGGAGAACGAGGCGUCUCCUGAGGACAAUCCCUGGGAUCUCCCAGAACUCAAAGACACCGGGAUCAAGUGGUCAGAGCUGGAUACACGAGGGAAGAUAAUGAGAGUGCUGACUGCCAUUGUGAAGCAGAUUCUGCUGCUCGGAUUACUCUACCUGUUUAUUUGCUCGCUGGAUGUUCUCAGCUCUGCUUUCCAGCUAGUCGGAGGCAAAGCAGCUGGUGACAUCUUCCAGGACAGCACCGUGUUAUCCAACCCUGUGGCUGGGCUGGUGAUCGGGGUGUUAGUCACAGUCCUGGUGCAAAGCUCCAGCACCUCCUCGUCUAUUGUGGUCAGCAUGGUGUCUUCUGGAUUGCUGGACGUCAAAUCUGCAGUACCGAUCAUCAUGGGGGCCAACAUUGGCACAUCGGUCACCAACACCAUCGUGGCUGUGAUGCAAGCUGGAGACCGAAAUGAGUUCCGCAGGGCGUUCGCUGGCGCCACCGUCCACGACUUCUUCAAUUGGCUGUCUGUGCUUGUCUUUCUGCCUUUGGAAGCAGCGACGGGCUUCCUCUUCAGACUCACCGACCUCCUGAUCAAGUCCUUUAACAUUGAGUCUGGAGAGAAUGCGCCCGAGUUGCUGAAGGUCAUCACGGACCCCCUCACCAGCUCCAUCAUCCAGCUGGACAAAUCGGUGAUCAAUGACAUCGCAACUGGCUCUGCUGCAGCUAGGAACAAGAGUCUGGUUAAAAGAUGGUGCAAGACAGAGAAAAACUUGACUUUCUGGAAUACCACCGUAGAAAGCUGCCCUGCAGGUUACGUCUGCUGGAUGGAGGGAAACGAGACCUGGACUGAGAUGAACGAGACAUUGAUCAACAACCUUGAGAGAUGCAAGCACAUCUUCGUCUACGUUGACUUGCCGGACCUCGCCAUAGGCCUGAUUCUGCUGGCGCUCUCUCUGCUCGUCCUCUGCACCUGCCUCAUCCUCAUCGUCAAGCUGCUCAACUCUAUGCUCAAAGGACAGGUGGCUGUGGUCAUCAAGAAAGUGCUCAACACAGACUUUCCCUUCCCCUUUGGUUGGGUUACUGGCUACAUUGCAAUUUUGGUGGGAGCCGGGAUGACCUUCAUCGUUCAGAGCAGCUCCGUCUUCACAUCGGCUAUAACGCCUCUCGUCGGUAUCGGCGUCAUUUCCCUUGAGAGAGCUUACCCGCUGACGCUGGGGUCAAACAUCGGCACAACAACGACCGCCAUUCUGGCCGCAAUGGCUAGCACUGGAGACAAGCUAGCCAGCUCUAUUCAGAUUGCACUUUGCCACUUCUUCUUCAACGUUAUGGGUAUCCUCCUGUGGUAUCCAAUCCCCUUCAUGCGGUUGCCCAUCACAUUAGCCAGAGUCCUGGGGAACAGAACUGCCAAGUACCGCUGGUUUGCAGCUCUCUACCUCGUCCUAUGCUUCUUGGUGUUCCCCCUGAUCGUGUUUGGACUGUCCAUAGCUGGCUGGCAGGUCCUGGUCGGCGUCGGCGUGCCCAUCGCGGCCCUCGCCAUAUUCGCGAUUGUCAUCAACGUGAUGCAGUCACGGUGUCCCUGCUUCUUACCCAAGUUCCUCCGCAACUGGGACUUCCUGCCCCGGCCCCUGCACUCCAUGGCGCCGUGGGACAAAGUGGUGACGAGCUCCAUGUUCUUCUGCGGCAAACACUGCUGCUGCUGCUGCAAGUGCAGCAGCUGCUGCCGAAAGGACGACGAGGCGGAGAAGAUCUCCAGGGCCAGCAGGAAGAGCCUGGCGACGUACGACAACCCCGCCAUGUCCCGAGACGAAGACAAGACGUACGAGAGAGCGACUCAGUUCUGAUUUCAUCGGGGUGGGGGGAGCCGAUACUUAAUGCAACUGUUUUCUUGUGACACAUUUCGUAAUUGUUCAUUCCUUCUCAGGUUGGGGUAAGGUGUUGAUUAUCUUGUGACAAACUGUAAUAAAUGCUGCCUGCCACCAUGGAGACUACGGACAAAACUGACACACAUGCUCUCAUCGGGCCCGCCGUGUCGGGACGUCUGAUGUCUAACGUUUCCAAAAUCGAUGUACAUAGCGCCUGUCUUGUAUAAGUUGAUAUAUAUGUGAAUACAAGACUUUUUUUUAUUAUUAUUUGAAAUGAGUUUCACAUCUGAGCAUUUUGGAUUCCAAUGUAGCAUUUUAAAUUUCUUAUUAUUUGCCAAUGCUAGCACUCAGUAUUUAAAACUGUGUAAUAUUUGCACAUUUAAAAACAAAUGGCUAUUUUUAAAGUA